AUGAACACUCCCAAAACAAACAGGAAUAGACGCAAAUCCAACGCGAAUCCUGACCAAACCAAACACCGCCGGACCAGGAGUGGUUGCUACACUUGUCGGUCUCGUCGUGUCAAGUGUGAUGAGCACCGCCCUCUUUGCGAGAGAUGCAAGAAAGGAGGCCGAGAAUGCGUUUAUCCAGAGACGUCAACGACCGCGAAAGCCUCGAGGAGCACAGCCUCCGGAACAGUGAAUCCCUCUUCGCAAGAAAGCCCCGGUUCUUCAUCUGACGAGUUUGGUGAUGAAGAGGCUGCCGAAGAGCAUUUGGAGGCGAUACCAGAUGAGGACGGAACCUCAAGUGACUAUGCUCGCUCCAACAGUUUGUCGAAGUAUGGGAUGCGACAUGGCAGCAAUAGUCAAUUCAUGAGCGGCCAGAAAGGUGGUACUAGACACGAUUCCGAGACUCCUUCAUUAAUCCAGGAUAAAGGCGCCUCUCCAACACCAUCGACUGAAGGGUCCAUCGGCUACUCUGCACACGACGCAAUGGCAAUGUCGAGACAGAAAAGAAUGAGAGCUCCUUUAACUUCCUCCAACCCAGGUGCCCUCAGAACCGACUGGUCGCAUCUGCCUCUCGAUCUGCAAUUUUAUCUGACUUAUUUUUACGAAAAUAUAACGCACCUCCACUAUUCAUUGAAGUUCGACUCAGGCAAUUUUCUUCGAACGACUUUCCUAGACGCUGCGCUGAGAAACGAGUCCCUGCUAUUUGCAGUUGUUGGGUUUUCAGCAUUUCAGAGAACAUUGCAGACGUCUCGAGGUAGGAUGCAAGACUUCCUUCAGUAUUACAACAAAUCCGUGUCUUUGCUGUUAAACUCGUUGAAGCGAGGCGAGCGACAUACGAAUGGUACUAUACUGGCUAUUCUCCAGCUCGCAACAAUAGAAGAAUUCCUGGGAGAUUGGAUAAACUUGCUGGGGCAUCAAAAAGCAGCGUAUGAGAUUCUAACCGAGUUACAUACACCAGAAACGGCCAUGGAAGACCCGAUGACACGUGUAAUUCUGGGGUGGUAUAUGCGAUUUGACGUCUUUGCUGGCCUGAUGGGUGGGUUUGAGACCGUAUUGUCCAGGGAAUGGUUUUCCUAUGCCCAGGACUUUUUUCAACAGCGAGUUUCGAUCGAGCCUGAUAGACUGGACUGGAAAAUUGAGUCGGCAAUCGCACAACACCGUCUUGUUGCAACAGACAUGUCCCUGCUUUUCGCGAGGAGAGGGAAGGGUGAUCUGUCAGAUGAACAAUUUGUUGCUGAGAAUGAUAUAAUUGCGAGAAGAAUCGAAGAAUGGAAGAACAAAAUGGAUCCGGCUCUGCAGGAUCCCCGUUACCUCGUUACAGAUUUCUCGGGAGCACGGCCACUCGACCCUGAAGACAUCGUCAACCCAUACGUACCCGGUAUCAUAUAUAGUGGUCCUUUAUGGGUGAUGAAUGUAGCCAUCAUUGACUGGUAUGCCAUUGACAUGAUGCACAAAUAUCAGACAGCUCUUACGAUGAAGACCCAACCAAGCCCUGACCUCGGCUUGAUAGCGUAUGCAAGCUGCCAAUUAUUUGAAGCUGUUGAAUUCUGGCCUCAGAGCCCUCCUGGUACGGUAAUAGCUUGUCAGGCAAGUCUCGGAAUAGCCUGUUUAUUUCUGCCGAGAGAUAAAACACAUUCAAUGUGGGCUCGCAGGAAGCUGGCGGCGAUUGAAUCGAACGGAUACAUAUAUCCUUACACUUUUCGGACCAAGAUGGCCGACCUGUUUCAAGACCGAUCAUGUAUGCACUGGUGGCUUCCUAACGAUGAGAACUACCCACCAAUCGUACGCUCAAUUCGAAAAUUCGUGGAAGAACGCACAUCGCAAGCAAAGAACGAGCCAGCCGAGGACCUGCGAGACAUGAAGGCGAUAUUUGCAUCGCUGAAGCUUAACGACGAUGACUCCAGCUUCCCUCCAAUAACUGAUGAAGAGAAGUGUUUGUCAACCGAUUCAGCCCUUGUCUCUCAUCAGGACUCGUCCGUCCGUCAGGAGCGCUUGAGUAGCAUCAGCCCUAACACAAGACAAGACGGCCCGUACUCUCUGGGCUUUGAUGACAGUCAGGGAUAUUGGGCUGAAGGUCAGGAUCGACAAAAUUAUGGGCUCCCUAGGCAACCGGAGUAUCAAUAG